AAGCCUGCCCGGUGUCAUUUAGAUUCUUUUGCGCUCGCUCCCAAUUCUCUCCAUCCUGAGUCUCUGGUGCUGAACUUCUACUUCGCGAUGGCCAGCUUCGUAAACAUAUCGCCAUCGUGUUGUUCAUUCUUGUCUCGCUGGCCUCCUAUUCGGCACCACCGUUCUGUAAGCCAACGAAGGGUCUGUUUCUUCAACAAGAUUUCUCAUCCGAGGCUGCUCGUGCUUUCCUUGAAGUGCUCUCAGAAUUCAGAAUCUGAUUCGGAAACGUCUGUUCCGAGCCCUUCGUCUUCUGGUGAUUUCACUAUCAAACUGAGCGCGGCGAUUGGAGGAAUUGGAUUUCUGGAAACUGCGUAUUUGACUUACCUCAAGCUCACAAAUUCCGAAGCAUUUUGCCCGAUUGGCGGUGGCUCCUGCUCCGACGUACUCAACAGUGAUUAUGCGCUUCUUUUCGGUGUCCCUCUUCCUUUGAUUGGAAUGGCUGCAUAUGGCUUGGUUGCAGCUAUAAGUAUACAAUUGUCUGGGGAGGACUUGCCCUUGGGAGUCAAAAAAUCUGAUGCUCAACUAGUAUUGCUUGGAUCCACUACGUCCAUGGCAGUUGCCAGUGCUUAUUUCUUGUACAUUCUGAGCACCAAAUUCUCCGGUUCAUUUUGUUCGUACUGUCUACUUUCUGCUCUGCUAUCUUUCGGCUUAUUCUUUAUCACUGUAAAGGAUCUUGGAUGGCGUGAGAUGCAAAAAGCCAUGGGUCUGCAGUUACUUGUAGCUAGCUUAGUGUUGAUCACGCUAAAUACCUCAUUCGCAAGUUCCAAGUCAAUCUCUUCAAGCUUGGCAGAAGUUGAACUCCCAUAUUAUUCACCUGAGAUUACAGUUCCAUCAAGUCCUUUCGCUUUAUCUCUAGCAAGGCAUUUGCAAUCCAUUGGAGCUAAAAUGUAUGGAGCGUUUUGGUGUUCGCAUUGUUUAGAACAGAAGGAGAUGUUUGGACGUGAGGCAGUAAAGUUGUUAGACUACGUGGAGUGCUUUCCUGAAGGUUAUAGAACAGGAACUAAAAUGACCAAGGCAUGCACAGAUGUGAAGAUUGAAGGAUUCCCCACGUGGAUUAUUAAUGGUCAGGUUGUGAGUGGAGAGCUGGAGUUACCAGAGCUUGCCCGGGUGUCCGGUUUUAAUGAACCUGUCCAACCCAGUUAAGUUUUUGUGGACUCGGCCGCAAAAUAUUAUUUAGAGCGUAUACAUAGAACAGUGGGAUGUAAACACACGUUCUCUCUUGCCGUACUUUAUCCUUGCUCAACACCGAGGGAAUUGAAGGAUUUGAAGACGCCACGCUGAUAUAAACUUGUCCUCCUCAUUUAUCUGGUUGAGUAGAGUAGAUCACAAGCGAAGGCAAAAAUUGAAAGCAAACGCUUGCCGUAAGAGUGUAAAUCCAAGGAAACCAAAGAGAUUUGAAGCAUUCAUACAUGCAUACAUAUUCAGCCCUCCCAGGUUUAGAAGUCAAACGACAAUGCUAGACCUUUUUUGACCUCGAAUCUUUAAUGGCCAACAGUGUUAGACCUAAAUAUAUCUAUAUCAAUGUGUUAUCCGUGAGUUAGUGGGGUUCGCUCCAAACAUUACUUAAAUUAAAGAGAAUUGACUUUGUUGAA